AUGGAAACAGAAUCAACAGCAAGUCCACCAUCACCACCACCACCGACAACAACAAGCGCAAGUACUGAACCAAAACUUCCAGUAUGUAUACUUGUACUUGGUAUGGCUGGUUCAGGAAAAACAACAUUUAUACAACGUAUAAAUGCUUAUUUACAUGGUGAACAAACUCCACCUUAUAUUGUUAAUCUUGAUCCAGCUGUACAUGAAUUACCAUAUCCAUGUAAUGUUGAUAUUCGUGAUACAGUCAAUUAUAAGCAAGUUAUGAAGCAAUAUAGGCUUGGUCCAAAUGGUGCAAUUGUAACAUCAUUGAAUUUAUUUUCAAUGACAAUUGAUCAAUUAUUAUCAAUAUUAAAUAAAAAUCAAACAAAAUAUAAUUAUUUUCUUUUUGACACACCCGGUCAAAUAGAAGUAUUCACAUGGUCAGCAUCAGGUACUAUUAUAACUGAAACAUUAGGUGCAACUUAUCCAACAAUUGUUGUUUAUAUAAUGGAUACACCACGUUCAUCAAAUCCAAUAACAUUUAUGUCAAAUAUGCUUUAUGCUGUAUCAAUACUUUACAAAUAUCGUUUACCAUUUAUAAUUGUAUUAAAUAAAACUGAUAUAAUUCAUCAUCGUUUUGCACUUGAAUGGAUGAAUGAUUUUGAAUUAUUUCAAUCAGCUAUUGAACAAGAACAUUCAUAUUCAACAGAUUUAUGUCGAUCAUUAAGUCUUGUAUUAGAUGAAUUUUAUUCAAAUUUACGUUGUGUUGGUUUUAGUUCAAUGACAGGUGAUGGUUGUAAAGAAUUUUUUGAUUCUAUUAAUGAUGCAUGUCAUGAAUAUGAACAUGUUUAUAAAGUUGAAUAUAAUAAAUGGCAAGAAAAAAAAUUAAAACGUGAAAAUGAUAAACAUGAAAAAGAUUUAAAACGAUUAAAAGAAGAUUUAAAUACCGAACAAAGUAUUAUUAGUGAAAAACGUAUUAGAUAUGAUGAUAUUCAUAAUGAUGAAGAAACCGAUGAUGAUGAUGAUGAUGAUGAAGAUAAAGAUCAGGAUGAUUUUGAUCAAGAAGAUGAAUCAUUUAAACGAUAUUUAUCCAAACAUGUAUCAAAUACUACUGCCAUGGAUACAUAA